CCAGUGGCUGGGGGCUUGGGAACCCGUGCGUGCAACCCUAGAAGGGAAAAAGGACGGGAGGAGAUUGUGCCGCGGCCGCGAGAGAGCGAGAAACAGCCCGGGUGUUUGUGCGAGAGCCGGGCGGGGGCUGGGGCGAGGGGCCGGCAUGGCUGAAGGCUGCGCUCCGCAACCUUGAAGAGCGGCUGCGGCGUGAGGCCUGGGACCGGGAGGCGGGUGCGAUGGCAGAGCGCGGCCCCCGCAGCUGCGCCCGGCCGAGCCGGCUGGCCUGAGCCGCCGGAGGAGCGGGACUGCCUCUGCGCUUCCAUGGAGCAGCGGGAAGGGAGAAACUCCGGAGCGCCGCGUCCCUUCGCUGCUGCCGCGGACUGUUGAAGGGGCCGAGCCCGCGCGACUGCGGAGAGCGCAGAGCCCCCGGCCCAGCCCGCAGGCCUGCCGCCCGGGGCGGCGGGGGGCGUCGGAGGGCGUCGGAGACGCGCUGAGCGAGCGGCGCCGCGGGAGAGGCCGACGCGGGAGGCGGCCGCAGCAAUGCCGGGCCCGCUGGGGCUGCUCUGCUUCCUCGCCCUGGGGCUGCGCUGCUCGGCCGAGCCCAGCGGCGCGGCGCCCUCUCUCUGCUCGGCGCCCUGCAGCUGCGACGGCGACCGUCGGGUAGAUUGCUCCGGGAAGGGGCUGACGGCCGUGCCCGAGGGGCUCAGCGCCUUCACCCAAGCGCUGGAUAUCAGUAUGAACAAUAUCACUCAAUUACCAGAAGAUGCAUUUAAGAACUUCCCUUUUCUAGAGGAGCUACGAUUGGCUGGCAACGACCUUUCUUUUAUCCAUCCAAAGGCCUUGUCGGGGUUGAAAGAACUCAAAGUUCUAACCCUCCAGAACAACCAGUUGAAAACAGUACCUAGUGAAGCCAUCCGAGGACUGAGUGCUUUGCAGUCUUUGCGUUUGGAUGCCAACCAUAUCACCUCUGUGCCCGAGGACAGUUUUGAGGGGCUCACCCAGUUACGGCAUCUGUGGCUGGAUGACAACAGCUUGACAGAAGUGCCAGUGCAGCCCCUCAGCAAUCUGCCAACUCUGCAGGCACUGACCUUGGCUCUGAACAAAAUCUCCAGUAUCCCGGAUUUUGCCUUUACCAACCUGUCCAGCCUGGUGGUGCUGCAUCUUCAUAACAAUAAAAUUAAAAGCCUGGGUCAACACUGUUUCGAUGGACUCGAUAACCUGGAGACCUUGGACUUGAAUUAUAAUAAUUUGGGGGAAUUUCCUCAGGCUAUUAAAGCCCUUCCCAGCCUAAAAGAGCUGUUAUUUCAUAGUAAUUCUAUUUCUGUUAUCCCUGAUGGAGCAUUUGAUGGUAAUCCACUCUUAAGAACUAUACAUUUAUAUGAUAAUCCUCUAUCUUUUGUGGGGAACUCGGCAUUUCACAAUUUAUCUGAUCUGCAUUCCUUAGUCAUUCGUGGUGCAAGCAUGGUGCAGCGGUUCCCCAAUCUGACUGGAACUGUCCAUUUGGAGAGUCUGACACUGACAGGUACGAAGAUAAGCAGCAUAUCCAGUAAUUUGUGCCAAGAACAAAAGAUGCUUAGGACUUUGGACUUGUCUUACAACAACAUAAAAGACCUUCCAAGCUUUAAUGGUUGCCAUGCUCUGGAAGAAAUUUCUUUGCAACGUAAUCAGAUCCACCAAAUAAAGGAAGGUACUUUUCAAGGCCUGACAUCCCUAAGAAUUCUAGAUCUGAGUAGAAACCUGAUCCAUAAAAUUCACGACAGAGCUUUUGCCAAGCUUGGGUCAAUAACUAACCUAGAUAUAAGUUUCAAUGAAUUAACUUCAUUUCCAACGGAAGGCCUAAAUGGGCUAAAUCAACUGAAACUUGUGGGCAACUUCAAGUUGAAAGAAGCCUUAGCAGCAAAAGACUUUGUUAAUCUCAGGUCUUUAUCUGUACCAUAUGCUUAUCAGUGCUGUGCAUUUUGGGGUUGUGACUCCUAUGCACAUUCAAACACAGAUGAUAACAGCCUACAAGACUACAGUGUGGCAAAGGAGAAAGGUUCCACUGAUGGAACAGGUGUCACAAGCAGUGUUGACAAUGAGGAACACAGUCAAAUCAUUAUCCACUGUACACCCUCAACAGGUGCUUUUAAGCCCUGUGAAUAUCUACUGGGAAGUUGGAUGAUCCGUCUCACUGUGUGGUUCAUUUUCUUGGUGGCCUUGUUUUUCAACCUGCUUGUCAUUUUAACAACAUUUGCAUCUUGUACAUCACUGCCUUCCUCCAAACUGUUCAUAGGCCUGAUUUCUGUAUCUAACUUAUUCAUGGGAGCCUAUACUGGCAUCUUAACUUUUCUGGAUGCCGUGUCCUGGGGCCGAUUUGCUGAAUUUGGCAUUUGGUGGGAGAUUGGCAGUGGCUGCAAAAUAGCUGGGUUUCUUGCCGUUUUCUCCUCUGAAAGUGCCAUAUUUUUAUUAAUGUUAGCAGCUGUGGAAAGAAGCUUAUCUGCAAAAGAUAUAAUGAAAAAUGGGAAAAGCGAUCAUCUCAAACAGUUUCAGAUUGCUGCCUUUUUUGCUUUUCUGGGGGCUGCAGUAGCAGGCUGUUUCCCCCUUUUCCAUGGAGGGGAGUAUUCUGCAUCACCCCUUUGCUUGCCAUUUCCCACAGGGGAAACCCCAUCGUUGGGAUUUACGGUAACCUUAGUGCUCUUAAACUCCCUAGCAUUUUUAUUAAUGGCCAUUAUCUACACUAAACUCUACUGCAACCUGGAAAAAGAAGACCUUUCAGAGAACUCACAUUCUAGCAUGAUUAAGCACGUUGCUUGGCUCAUCUUCACCAACUGCAUCUUUUUCUGCCCCGUUGCAUUUUUCUCAUUUGCACCAUUGAUCACUGCAAUCUCUAUCAGCCCUGAAAUAAUGAAGUCUGUUACGCUGAUAUUUUUCCCAUUGCCUGCUUGCCUGAAUCCAGUCCUGUACGUUUUCUUUAACCCAAAGUUUAAAGAAGACUGGAAGUUACUGAAGCGCCAUAUCACCAAGAAAAGCGGCUCUGUGUCAGUUUCCACCAGCAGCCAAGCUGGUUGCGUGGACCAGGAUUUCUACUAUGACUGUGGCGUGUACUCACAUUUGCAGGGUAACCUGAGCGUGUGUGACUGCUGCGAGUCCUUUCUGUUGACAAAGCCAGUGUCCUGCAAACACUUAAUAAAAUCACACAGCUGUCCUGCCUUGGCAGUGGGUUCUUGCCAAAGACCAGAUGGCUAUUGGUCUGACUGUGGCACACAGUCCGCCCACUCCGAUUAUGCAGAUGAAGAAGAUUCCUUUGUCUCGGACAGUUCUGAUCAGGUGCAGGCCUGUGGACGAGCCUGCUUCUAUCAGAGUCGAGGAUUCCCUUUGGUGCGCUAUGCCUACAAUCUCCCAAGAGUCAAAGACUGAAUCCAUGUGUUUGUAACUGGUUCCCCUGUCAACCAAAAUCACAGUCUUGGUAGAAUGAACCUUAAUCUGAUGUCUCAUCUUGGAAGCACUUCUGUGAUCACUGCCUGGUGUCACUUAAAUAAGGAGAAGGUGGCAGUUUAUUUCUUAAACCAGACCUUUUCAAGGAACAAGUGCCUAAACUUAUCAGCUGAUGAAAAAAUGCAGUGUCCAAGCAAUGUGUAGUCUAUUCCAAACAAAAUUUAUAAUUGAAAAAGAUUUUAUGUAUCUCAUAGCAAUAUAAUUUUGGGUUUUUCUGAUCCAUAAGCAGCAAAUUUAUACCUGGUUUUCAAUUCAGCACAGGAUACAGAACAGCUGUUAAUAUUUUUUAAGAAUAUUUUAAACGGUGAUUUUAUAUAACUGAAAAAAGUCUUGCUCGUUUUACCUAAUGUCUCCCCAUUAAUCUCAGGACAACUUACUGCAGGGCCAAAAAAAGGGAUUGUUUCCCAGAUAGAACUAGGAGAGUAUAUGUAGGCAUUAUCUUCUUGCAUUUUCCAUCUUUGACAAACUAGAAUCAUCAAUUUUGCUUAAGAGAUUUAUAAAAUCUAAAACCCGAAGAUGUUUUUAAAACAAUAUUAACAACUGUUAUAUUUUCAAAGAAUACCUGAACACAUGUGUCUUCAGUCAUACUUUGCUUUGUUUCAAUCAGAGUAAAUUUUUUUCUUCCAUUUUUGUGAUCACACAGCUAGGAAAAAGUAAAGCGAUAAUUGCUGCAUGAGUUUAGUAAAUUUGGCUAAACUACUAACAUGGGAUUUUAAUGGUAUCUGAGGGAUUUGAUGGCUUCCUGUAAUGUUCUCAUUGAUAAAACUCUUCCUAAUAUCAUUGGCUUUACUCGUAUAUUCCAAUUUUGUUGGUUAUAUUAUCUACCUAUAGUUCAAAUUAUACAGACAAUAAAUUUUGGCAAAUGAUUUCAUUUAGUUGGAAUAAAUUGGUAGUAAUCAUGACACAAAGCACUUACAUUUACUUCUUAGCGAGCUGGAUUCUCUUAAACUUAGGCUAUUAUAUGGAUGCGUCCACACAUUUUUCCCCUUACUGUGAUUUACAGGAGCCUGUGCAACAGCUCAGAAAUGGUUCUUGUGAGACAAGACAAAUAUAUUACUAAGAAAAAAAAAAGGAAUAAAGUUUGGGCCUCUGUCUUUAAAAAUUAAAAAAUUUACUUGAUUUUCAUCUAGACUUUUAACAUGUCACUAUGUGGAGUCUUAAAAUCAUAAAUGUUCAAUAUGUUUUUUGAACAAUAUGCUAAAUCAAUAGCAAACCCACUGCCAUACUAGUUAUUCAGGAUAUACUUUAGUAAAAAACAUUAAGCUAGAUUGCAGUUUAAUAAUUAAACUGUACAUAAUGUGCAUAUAAUGAAUUUUUAUCUUAUGUAAAUUAUUUUUAGAACACAAGUUGGGAAAUGUGGCUUCUGUUCAUUUCGUUUAAUUAAAGCUACCUCCUAAACUAUAGUGGCUGCCAGUAGCAGAAUGUUAAAUUGUGGUUUAUAUACUUUUUGCAUUGUAAAUAGUCUUGGUUGUACAUUGUCAGUGUAAUAAAGACAGAAUCUUUGUAUAUCAAAAUCAUGUAGUUUGUAUAAAAUGUGGGAGGGAUUUAUUUACAGUGUGUUGUAAUUUUGUAAGGCCAACUAUUCACACGUUUUUUAAAUUGCUAUCCUGUUUGUAUAUUACACAUCUGAUAAAUAUUAAAUCAUAACUUGGUUAAAAAAAAAAUCUAGCUAAAAGUUUUUUUUCCUAAAAGUCAUGUUACUGAGUACUUUCACUGCAUUCAUUUAGAACAGGAGAUAUCUAAAAUAAUGUGGUAAACUACUCUACAUAUAGUAGGAAAUACAAUAUUGUAUGCAGUGUCUUGAAUUAUUAAAGUUUCUGGAAAGUGA